UCCUCGCUUUCUCGUCGCCUGAUAGAACUGUCCACAGAGCACAUUCCGAUUAAAAAAAGUCCUACCUGCGGAAGUUCACUAUCAACUGCCAGAUAAACCCGACGGACAGAACUUUUAAGCAGAGUAGCUAACUUUUUGAAAAAAUAUAGCUAUCGAUAGAGGCGUGCUUGUAAAUAGCGAUUUAGAUUUGGAUCCAAACCAGUAUUUGGGAUGCUACAGAUUAUAUAAAAUAAUAAGCGGACUUAAAUCAUAGGCUUUCAGCAACUUUUACCGAACGCAAGACGGAAGAAAUCGUCGCUCAUCCAGGAAUGGCGUCCAUAUCGUCUCUCCCAGUAGAAGACCUCACCUGUCCGGUGUGCAUUGACAUCUUUGAAGACCCCGUCAUACUAAAAUGCAGCCACAGCUUCUGUAAGACCUGUCUUGAAAAGUGCUUUGAGCCCCGCGGCACUGGAUCAUGCCCUGUUUGCAAAUGGUCGUCCACAGAAUUCCCCCUUCCGAACCUGGCCCUGAGGAACCUGUGCGAGUCCAUGUUAAAAAACAGGAUUAAGAAACCGGCUUCUGCGUCCGAAUCACUCUGCGGUCUCCACGGCGAGAAACUCAAGCUCUUCUGUCUGAGCGACGAGGAGCCGAUCUGCUUCAUCUGUCAGACUUCAGAGAAGCACGAUAAUCACAAACUGCGACCACUAAAGGAAGCCGCGCUGAAGUAUAAGGUGGAGGUGGAGAAGGCACUGAGGCACCUACAGGAGAAGCUGGAGGCCUUUAUUAAGGAGAAACAGAAGAGUGAGCGAGACGCCAAGUUAAUCAAGAGUGACACAGAGUGUACCAUACUACUAAUACAAGAGGAGUUUGAGAUGCUUCACAAGUUUCUGCGAGAUGAAGAGGUGGCCAGGAUCGCUGCACUGAGGGAGGAAGAGGAGCAGAAGAGCCAGAGUAUUAAGGAGAGGGUUGAAAAAAUGACAAAAGGGUUUUCAUCCCUGUCAGCCACUAUCAAAGCCUUAGAGCAGGACAUGAAGGCUGAUGAUAACUCUUUCCUGCAGAACUACAAAGCAAUAAAAAGAAGAGCCCAAUACAAAGUGUCCAAUCUAGAGAAGGUGUCAGGAGAACGUAUCAAUGUGGCCACACACCUGGGCAACCUGAAGUUCAGCGUGUGGGAGAAGAUGAAGGGCAUUGUUAAGUUCAACAUAGAGCCAGAAACCAAGGAGUCCAGCACCCCUCAGAGAAAGCUCUCCGGGCCCAUCCCAGAGGGAGCCAACACCUCGGGGAAAAUGUCCCAGGUGCAACGAUCCAGCAGCAGUGCCGCUAGACAUAAGCGUCUGAUCAAGCGGAUUCAAAUACGACCACGUCAGAAGGUGGACAAGAAGGAUUGUGAUGAGCUGGACAUCCGUGCCAGGGCGCUAUACGACUACCAGGCAGCUGAUGAUACGGAGAUCUCUUUUGGUGCCGGUGACAUCAUUACGGGCAUUUCGAUGACUGACGACAGCUGGUGGCAGGGCUACAACCCAGACGGGUGCUGUGGAAUGUUCCUGGCCAAUUACGUGGCACGCAUCUAAGGCCAACCCCAUCCACUCAGAACCGGGCUGAACUACCUACUCCAGCUACCAAGGGGGUAGUCAUCAUAACUAAUAAUAAGUUUUUAUAUAUGUGAUCACUCCAGCACUUAAAACCAUAUGUCCCUCUAGGCUUUUGAGCGCACUUGUCCCUGGUCAUGAUUUGCAGCUUAUUCAGCGUCUAAGACAGGGGUGCACAACGUCUGUGAGCUGAUUUUUGUUCCAACCAAUUGCCUUAAUUUUUUCUGUUCUGACAGCUCUAUAAACUCUGUUGGUUCACUCCUGUAUUUGAGCACAGUACAAUCUUUAGGAUACACUAGCAGUCUGCAGCUAUAGCUGGUGCAUAUACAAAUGUCUGCUCAAGACAUUAUUUAGCUAAUUAAAUAAUCAAGAGCAGGUCGGCCCUUGCUCUGCACCUCUGGUCGAAGAGCAUCUGCCAAAUGAUCGUAAUGUGAUGUGACUGUACUGAAGAGCAUACCCGCGUCUUGAAAGCAGCAUGGUUUUAGAGUUGUAUGAUUACUGGAAUAUAAUAUUACAUUUACAUUACAUUAAUGACAGUUGGCAGACGCUCUCCAGAGCGACGUACAGUUGAUUAGACUAAGCAGGAAACAAUCCUCCCCUGGGGCAAUGCAGGGUUAAGGGCCUUGCUCAAGGGCCCAACGGCUGUGCGGAUCUUAUUGUGGCUACACCGGGGAUUGAACCACCAACCUUGCGGGUCCGAGUCACAUACCUUAACCACUACACUACUACCCUGUAAUAAUAACAACAAUAAUCAUCAUCAUCAUCCUUUUAUUAUGCAAGGACAAGCAGAUUAGGUCCCUAUGAGGCUGUUACUGAGCAGGAAAUCCAGUGGGUGGCAGCUGAGUUCCCCAGGAACUCCUCCAGGGAAAGCGGCAUAAAGCUAGUGCCUGAGUAACAGUGUAUUGUAGUUGACCUGUCUUGCUUUCUCCUGUUAUGUUU